AUGGAUGCCAUAAAGGAGGACGGACUAACAACAGACGCAAACAAAGCGUAUGGCGGCGUCGGCGAUGCAGGGCCCAAAAGUUUAAGCCAGCAAGCAUUCAAGGCUCCACCUCCAUUCAACCCCCAACACCGCCAGCACGAGCAAGCUCGUUUCUUUCCUGGCGUCUCCGACUACGAGAAGGCUGGCGACCCUUCUUCAGCUAUCAUGCUCUCUCGCAGAAGAGGAUCAGUUGUCGGCUUCGUACGCCGACACAGCGGCUACAUUUUCAUGUUCACAGUCUUGUUCAUGUUCAUGCAGCUAGGCUUCCACAAUGGACAAAAGCACCAUCCUCAGAUGCAAAAUAUGGUUGUUCGAGAUCCUGAAGAUACCUGGACAACAUCGCCUAGUAGUAUCCUAUCACCUCCAGAAGAGGAGAAGAAGCGGAAGAGUGUCAUCGCAGAACACCCUAUUCCAGGGCUUAUGGAGGAGGCUGAGCUGAAAUAUCGGAAGAAACUUGGUGGUCAAAGCAAAACACUCAAGGCUGCCGUGGCGGAAUACCGAAGACGAUACAAGCGCGCCCCUCCGAAAGGUUUUGACGACUGGUGGGCGUUCACCCAGAAAUACGACGUCAAGAUGAUAGACGAAUACGACGGGCUCAUUGAAGAUUUGAAACCAUUCUGGGAUCUUUCUGGAGAGGAAAUCCGACGACGUGCUGCCCAGGUUGGAGAGCUUCCUUCGAUCGACCUGGUCCGGAUACGCGACGGAAUGGCAACUGUCAUCAAUGUCAAUCCCAAUUUCCACGAUAGUGAAGUCAGCGCAAGGGCUCGCGGGUUCAAGAGUAUGAUUGGAAAGUUUAUGACUACACUUCCAGACAUGGAUUUCCCUAUCAAUGCCAAAGCAGAGGGUCGUGUGCUAGUUCCAUGGGAGCAUCGAAAGUAUCCCAACUUGACGCUUCAGGAUUCAUCGAAGGGCGUACAAGCUAUGCUGGGAGGACCUUUUAAACCUGACUGGGGUGAUGAUGGCAAUGUGUGGGAGGCUUGGAGGCGCACAUGCUCCCCCGACAGCUCUGCCCGCCGUCUCCUCUCGUCUCUGCGAGCCAACGCCAACGUUCCAGUCAAAAAUCACCUUGCCUCCAAAGAUCUUUCUCCCGGCUCCGACUUUUCUUUCGUAGAAACCACAUCUUCAUCCGAGGACUAUUGCGAAACGCCUUACGCGCACUACACCCAAGGCCACUUUUUCUCAGAUUGGCGAUCUAUACCCGUCCUGUACCCUGUCUUUAGCCCCGCCAAAGCUCGCGGGUUCAUGGACAUCCGUAUCCCCAGUCACUAUUACUAUGGUAGCACGAAGCGAUACACGUACGGCUGGGACUCUGUCAACCUUGAGCUCAACGAGAUCGACGUCAUGGAGGUCCCUUGGGAGGAAAAGAUCGACAAAAUUUUCUGGCGUGGGGCAACGACCGGUGGCGGGAGCCAUCCACCUGGUUUUGCGCCCCAGUAUCAGCGCCACAGGUUCUUACGCAUGGCCUCUGACACGUCGAAUGCGUCGAAAGUGAUUACAUUCGCUGACCCACCAACUGCAGGCGUUCAUUGGGUUUCAGCCGCUGUGCCUAUUGGGACUCUGAACGAGGAGAUCAUGGACGCGGCAUUUGUCAAGUCUGUCUCUGCGAACAGCUACCCUGGUGGUCAGAAAGCGCUCGAGGCGGACCACCGUUUUGGCGACUCUGUACCACUGGGUAGACAUUGGGCGUAUAAAUAUCUCAUUGAUAUGGACGGAAUGAGUUACAGUGGCCGAUUUAUGGCCUUCCUUGCUAGCGACAGCGUGCCUAUUAAAUCAACUGUGUAUGACGAAUUCUUCACAGAUUGGAUCCAACCUUGGGUACACUUUAUCCCCUUGUCGUCAUCAUACAAGGAAAUAUACAACAUCCAUGCAUAUUUCUCUGGUGCUACUCAAUCCACCUUGCGUGCUGUGAACUCCACGUCUGCCGAACUUCCUCCAGACCAGCGUAGAUCCAUUGAAGGUGACAAACGCCUACGACGAAUCGCGCGUGCUGGGAAACGAUGGAAGCAGACAAUCGGAAGGACGCUAGACAUGGAAGCUUAUGUAUAUAGACUAUGCCUCGAGUGGGCACGAUUGUGGGCUGACGAUCGUGACUCUAUGAACUUUUCCCUCUAA